AUAAGUGUGAUUUGUUUGUAAACGUUUGACAGUUCUAGUUGUGAGGUUAUGCUUAUUAAUAUUAUUUCCAAACAACAAUUUUCUUAGCACGAAUUGAGCUUUUAUUUGCAAUUUUUCUAAUUUUUACUAGUUGGGUUUUACAAAUAACGUUAAUAAUUUAUCUUAAUUUUAAAUUUAUCACAAAUAAAAUGGCCACCGAAGAAGAACAAACGCAAGUUGUUCUGCCGGUAAAGGAACCCUUGGAUUUGAUACGUCUCAGUUUGGAUGAGAAAGUUUACGUUAAAAUGCGUAAUGAACGAGAGUUAAGAGGACGUUUACAUGCAUUUGAUCAACAUUUAAAUAUGGUUUUGGGUGAUGCAGAAGAAACAGUUACGACUGUUGAAAUUGAUGAAGAAACUUAUGAAGAAGUAUAUAAAACAACAAAACGAACUAUACCCAUGUUAUUUGUAAGAGGCGAUGGAGUUAUUUUAGUGUCACCACCUAUGCGUGUAGGUUAAAUCUUAAAAAAAUAAAAGUGAAUUUUAAAAUAAUUUAAGUGAAUAAAGAUUAAAUAAGAAAAACA